AUGUCCCAGCUGCUGCAAAAACGUUCUUUUGUCCCAGAUGAGCUCUUAAUCGCUGUCGUCAAGGGCCACCUGGAUGAUGCUGCCGCCGCCUGCAGGACUGAGCUCCAGGGACAGCUGGCCACUCUCCACUUCGCUGGCUUUUACGCAUGUGCCAUUUACCAGCUCAGCUCAGAUCUUUUCAAUUGGAAAACACACACCACCCCCUUCUCUACAGAUCCAGGACCAAUGACAGAUGUUUUCACUAAUAUUGUCAAUACACAUGACCCUACAUGGCAGGACUGUCAGCAGUUGAUGACGUCCCUCCUUACUACGGAGGAACGUAAGAGGGUCUUAGCAGCUAUGAAGCGGCAGACUGAGGCUAGGAGAAAUGCUGCUGUUAACCCAGUUGACCACAUGAGGGAGAAUUGUCCAGAGGCUGAUCCACAGUGGGAUCCUAAUAUAGCAGCCCAAUUGGCUCGAAUUCAUCAGUAUGGCCAGUUAAUGAUCCAAGGCCUUGCAGAAGCUGGAAAAAAGCCUAGUAACUUAUCUAAAGUAAAAGAAAUAAAGCAAGGUGCUGAUGAAAGCCCAGGCGCCUACCUGGAAAGGCUGUUAAGUGCCUACAGACAAUACAUGCCUUUUGAUCCCGCAGUGGAAGCAAAUAGAAACAUGGUGAAUGCUACUUUUGUAGAACAAAGCGCCCCAGAUAUUAGAAGAAAGCUACAGAAAUUGGAUGGGUUUGCUGGAAUGAACAUGUCUCAAUUAAUUGAAAUUGCUAAUAGAGUCAUGGCAAAUAGAGAUCAGGAAGAGAAGAGGGAUAAACAGAGGCACUGA